AUGAAGCAUCCACAUGAGAAAGAUAUGUGCUUCAAACUUGAUGCAACUGAAGAGGCCAUAUUAGAUGUGAGAAAGCAAGCACAUAGACCUUUAUCUCUUGAACAGGCCUUGACCAAUGCUUUCGAAGCACUUGACCCCGAGAAAGAAGAAGAGAUUGAGGACUUCUUGAAGCAACGUGAUGCUUUUAAAGAAUUACCUCAACCUGAAGUAGAGAUUGAAGAGUCGAAGGAGGAUGGAAAGCCGGUAGAAGUAAAGCUUGAGCUGAAAACAUUACCAUCACACCUCAAGUAUGUUUUCCUUGGGGAUGAUAAUCAAAAACCAGUAAUAAUCAGCAGUUCUCUAUCAAAAGGUGAAGAAGAAAGUCUGAUUCAAGUGCUGAAAAACAACAAAGAAGCAAUAGGAUGGGCAUUAUCCGACUUGAAAGGUAUUAGUCCAUCUUAUUGUAUGCAUAGUAUCAUGAUGGAGGAUGAUUAUAAACCAGUUGCACAGCCCCAACGUCGUUUGAAUCCAACAAUGAAGGAGGUUGUAAGAAAAGAAGUGGUGAAAUUACUUGAAGCUGGUAUGAUUUAUCCGAUUUCCGACAGUGCUUGGGUUAGUCCAGUCCAGGUGGUUCCAAAGAAAGGAGGAAUGACAGUGAUUACAAAUGACAAAAAUGAAUUGAUUCCAUCAAGAACCGUCACCGGGUGGCGGAUGUAUGGUUAUUCGGGGUACAAUCAGAUUUCAGUCAACCCCGAGGAUCAUGAAAAAACAGCUUUCACAUGUCCUUUCGGUGUUUUUGCUUAUAGAAGAAUGCCUUUCGGAUUGUGCAAUGCACCGGCAACAUUUCAACGGUGUAUGCAAGCAAUUUUUUCUGACUUGAUAGAGAAAUGCAUUGAAGUGUUCAUGGAUGAUUUCUUCGUGUUCGGUCCGUCAUUCCAACAUUGCUUAAAGAAUUUGGACACCGUACUGAAGAGGUGUGUUGAAACAAAUCUGGUUCUUAAUUGGGAGAAGUGUCAUUUCAUGGUGACCGAAGGCAUUGUUCUUGGUCAUGCCGGUUUCUACCGAAGAUUCAUCAAAGAUUUUUCCAAAAUUGCCAAACCAUUAAGCAAUCUGCUUAACAAAGGUACGUCUUUUAAAAUUGAUGAUGAAUGUUUACUUGCUUUUAAUGAAUUGAAAGAAAGAUUGGUGACUGCACCCAUAAUCAUAGCACCCGAUUGGAAACUUGAAUUUGAAUUGAUGUGUGAUGCUAGUGAUUAUGCAGUUGGUGCAGUCCUUGGACAAAGAAAGAACAAAAUUUUUCAUGCUAUACACUAUGCAAGCAAAGUAUUAAAUGAUGCACAAGUUAACUAUGCAACAACCGAGAAAGAAUUACUUGCUAUAGUGUAUGCACUUGAGAAAUUUCGUUCUUAUUUGAUUGGUUCAAAGAUUGUUGUGUAUACUGACCAUGCAGCUAUCAAGUAUUUAAUUACAAAAGCUGAUUCUAAGCCGAGACUCAUUCGGUGGAUGCUCUUACUACAAGAGUUUGAUCUUGAGAUAAAAGAUAAAAAGGGAACAGAAAACUUGGUAGCUGACCACUUAUCAAGACUUGUAAACAAUGAGGUGACCAAACAUGAACGUGAGGUUCUUGAAGAAUUCCCCGAUGAAAAACUGCUUAUGGUGCAAGAAAGGCCAUGGUUUGCUGAUAUGGCUAAUUUCAAAGCAUCCGGAUUAAUACCGGAUGAUCUCAAUUGGCACCAAAAGAAAAAGUUCCUCCUAUUUGAUUGCUGGGGCAUUGAUUUCAUGGGCCCUUUUCCAUCAUCAUUUUCAAAUGAAUACAUUCUUGUGGCAGUAGACUAUGUGUCCAAGUGGGUAGAGGCAAUUGCGUCACCAAAAGCUGAUGGCAAAACGGUGAUAAAAUUUCUAAAAAGAAACAUUUUCACCCGCUUUGGAACCCCUCGUGUGCUUAUCAGUGAUGGAGGGUCACAUUUUUGCAAUUCUCCACUAGCCAAAGCACUUGAGCAUUAUGGAGUCAAGCACAAAGUAGCAUCACCAUACCAUCCUCAGACCAACGGACAAGCAGAAGUUUCGAAUCGUGAAAUAAAGAAAAUUCUUGAAAAAACUGUGUCCGCAUCAAGAAAAGAUUGGUCAUUGAAGUUAGACGCGGCAUUAUGGGCAUAUCGGACAUCUUUCAAAGCACCAAUAGGCCUUACACCUUUUCAGAUGGUAUAUGGUAAGACAUGUCAUCUUCCGGUGGAACUUGACCAAGCCGGAGAGAAAAGAAAAGUUCAGCUACAACAGUUGGAUGAAUUGAGAUGCCAAGCUUAUGAAUCUUCUAAGCUGUACAAAGAGAAGGUCAAAAGCUAUCAUGAUAAACGGCUUGUCAACAAAGAAUUUAGGCCAGGCCAAAUGGUUUUGCUUUUCAACUCAAGAUUGAAGUUAUUUCCGGGAAAGCUUAAAUCCAAAUGGUCCGGUCCUUUCAAAAUCCGUGAAGUGAAACCAUAUGGUGCAGUUGUGUUGGAAGAUCCAGCUACCAAUGACACAUGGACUGUGAAUGGUCAAAGAUUGAAGCUCUAUUUUGGUGGAGAAUUUGAUCGUGUCACUACCAAAAUCCCACUUUCCGAUCCUUGA